AUGUAUGUCAUUUCAGAUACCCUCCCGCGAUGUAACGGAUGCGAUGGCAUUAUAUUCGAUAGAUUUAUACUAAAGUUAGGCCACGACAACGAUAGACAUACAUGUUGGCACUCAGGAUGUUUAGUGUGCUGUGAGUGUCAUUCGAGUCUAACAGUGAAGUGCUAUAUGCGAAACGGACAGCCCUAUUGUAAGGACGACUUCUAUAAAAGAUUUGCCAAAACCAAAUGUGCAAACUGUGAACUAGGCGAUGAAUUUUAUUUAAUGGAAGACAACAAAUUGGUUUGUAAGACAGACUAUGAAUCAGCAAAGCAACGAGAAUCGUCGUCUAAGAGGCCUCGGACUACAAUCACAGCAAAGCAAUUGGAAACACUGAAAAUUGCUUACAAUAACUCUCCCAAACCGGCCCGACAUGUAAGGGAACAACUGAGUCACGACACGGGACUUGAUAUGAGAGUGGUUCAGGUUUGGUUUCAAAACCGAAGGGCCAAAGAGAAGCGGCUGAAGAAGGACGCACACGGCGGACAUGUCUCCAAAUCACACCACUUGACAGCACACGGACAGAGCGGCCAAACCAACAGUCGCUGGCAUAGUGUCAACAGUAACAGUCUGUCUGUGGAUGCCAUGCCUCCGAGCAAUGCCUCCUCAGCCAUUCUGGCCAACGAGACGUCCACAUCCUGUUCCUCUUGGUUUGACGAUGCGAUCAUCGAUGACAGUGAGGACGAGUCCGUUCUCACUCAACCCUAUUAACCACUACUUUCUUAUAUUGAGUUACACUUUGCGCUUAAUUUUGUUAUUUUGUAUAAAACAUUCAAUUGAAGUACAAAUCAUUUCAAAUAUUU